CUUUCAGUUCGACUGCAGCAGGAGUGAUCUCAGAAAAUAGAGUUGUGACUGAAGUGACACUUCCAACCUCUUUCUGGCCAGUAUGUCGAAUGAUCCUCCUCCUCCUUAUCCUGGAGGACCCAGUGCCCCGCCCAUUGAAGAGAAGACUGGACAACCUGAAACAGCUCCUAUAAGAAGUGCUCCUCAGCAGGGACAACCCUUUCCUCCAGACUAUGGUCCUCCACCAUAUGAAGCUCCACACCCAGGCUUUCUUCCUCCACAUGUUCCUGGAGAAGGACCAGUGCCCAUGCCCAUGCCUCCGCCACCACAAGGUGGCUGCUAUCCACCCCCACCUGGCCACUUUCCUCACCCUGUGCAAGGACAGAUGGGUCCUGGUCCCAGUCACUUCAUCCAUAUGGGAGGUCACACGGCAACCGUCCUGGCUCCUCCAGGAGCGGCUACCACUGUGACUGUACUACAGGGGGAGAUGUUCCAGACUACACCUGUGCAGACUGUUUGUCCACACUGUCAGCAGGCAAUCGUCACCCGGAUCUCCCAUGAUAUUGGUCUCAUGAACACACUGUUCUGCCUGUUUUGCUUCUUUGUAGGGUGUGACCUUGGAUGCUGUCUGAUUCCCUGUUUGAUUGACGACCUCAAGGAUGUUACACACACCUGCCCAUACUGUAAGGGCUACAUUUACACAUACAAGCGUAUAUGCUAACCACCGGCGAGUGUAUGCUGCAAAGAUGCACAAGCCCACACAUCAGACCUGUAUAUACAGAGAGAGACUGGCUAACUCCAUGGCAACUGCCACGUUGUCAGCCACGCACGUACUGCUCCAGUCUUUGCCUGUAAAUGUAAUUAUUUACAACCAGAAUAAUUUGUGCCCUCCCUGCGGGUCAAACAAUCUUCAGUAUUUGUUGCAAUUACGUUGUCAUAAAUGUGAACCCCCCCCCAAGUGAACAGUGUACCUUCUUUCCUCUAUUUGUCUCAGUUCUUCCGCUAUUUCCUUUUGCUUUUCAUUACCAGCGACUUUCCCUAACAACGCUCUUCGAAUUUAAGACGAAUGUUCUGUCAACUUCUGUUUAAUAGCGAAACAGCCCAAGUCCAACUUUUUUUUUUUUUUUUGAUGAUGAUAUUCACUCAUUUAUUUUCUAUGUUCAUUCCAUUUUCUGAGUGUCAAAGGGGCACGGCAUACUCUUCUCAUGUAUGUAUAAUCGGUCUUUGCCUCACGGCUCUUCAUCGCGUUGACCACUUUCCUUCCAGCAAAUCUUUAUCUGUCAUUUUUCUAAUUGGACUGUCUUUGCCUUUUUUCAAAUUAUCAAAUGGCACAUACAUGUUUCCAAAACGUGCUGUGAAUAUCUUCAACAAAACAACUGUUUGGUCAUGCUUUUCUUGCUCUUUCUGCUCAUUUCACCUAACCUAAAUAGUAAUUUUGAGUUAGUCCUGUUUGAAUAGAGGAAUUUGAUU